AUGCAAGUUUUCGAGAGGAAAGGACAUGGUUACUUUCGUCGCCGAUCUGACUCCUGCCUAGGAUGGCACUGCCUCAGUUCAGCUACACACUUUGGCAUUAUAUUCUCCGUCGUCGUCGUCGUUAUCGUCUUGUCAAUAGUUUGGAUGUAUUAUAUGGGGAGAGCGAGAAUCAUGGGCAACCAAACCAAGCUGCACAAUGUCCCUCGCAGACAAAGGAAUAGACAGCUUCAUCGCAGCCCCAACGGCCCUACAAGACCAGUAUCGCACCUCGUGCAACCAGCUCCCGUUCUGCAGUACGGAGUUGCUCAGCAAACCCCUAUUUAUUUCUUCUCCUCUAGGCCUCAAAUCCUCACAAUUCAGCCACCCGGCGUCAUAAAUCCUCAUCUUUAUUUACCAGCCCCGAUAGUUCGACCACCUGAAGCACCUCGACCCAAGCCUUCUGAUGAUGUAGCCUCUUCGCCGCCAAAAGCAGAAGAAACUCAACAAGAAAAGGUCCAGCCUUCGGGUAAUGAGUCUCCAAUGCGUCAUCCUACGUGGUGGCAGAGGUUGUAUAGGGCUUUUACUUUACCAGUUGGAGUGGCAUCUACUGUGGCAAGCUCUCCAUCCCCAGAGCCCUUGGAGCCUUUACCGCCCACACAUAUCAAUAUCCGCCAUUCAGCCUCAUGUCCGAACUUCGAUAAUCAUGCAGUGCAAACUAUGGACCGUAAGGAAGCCAGAGAAUCAGAAAGGUCACCCGAAGAGCAAGAUGACACUUCAUCUAUGGUGUGCAAUCUGGAUACUUCCAACGAUUCCAUGCUGUCCAUCCGGAGUGAUAUCGCUACGGUUCAUAGUGACGACUAUGAGAUGCCUCUCAGUGAGAACAAUCAGCCCCGUUCGCAUAAGGAGAUGAGAGUAGAGCCUUCUUCAUAG